AGACCAUGCGAUGCGCAGGUGGCACUGGCACUACGGCAAGAGCGAGGUUUCCUGUGCUGCAUCGAGUGAACAAUAAGUACGAGGUAGGUGUACGUGACCUUGCGGAGUCCGGUUACUGUUCAGGUUCCUUCCCGUUCAGGUUGCCUCCACGCGCCGAUGCAGCGUUUGCUCCCCUCGACAUGUGCCUAAUGUUCCACGGAGUGGAAAGCCAUCCGUGCCUCGGCGGUGUUCCCAAUCCUACAUUCCGUUCUCUUCUAUAAAUCUCGCCCAUGUACGAGUUCGCUCUCUAGCCGCAGCCUAGUAACCUGCUGUCUUGCAACUACCCCAAUACUCGAUAGCCGUACAACACAUAACCAUGGCUUACUUCGACUCCGUCCACAAUGAUAGCACUUUUCGACAAAAGGCUUUGUCAGAAGGCGCCCAGACGUUACGGUCUCUCCUCGAUACCGCGCUCCCUACCUCAGUCAGUUCUUGGGGUCGAAAACAUCUCUUCGCCUUGCGGGUUCUUUGCGCGAAGCCCAGCUCGAAGGGGAAUCUCCCACUUCUAGAGCCCUACCUCCCCGAGAGCAUAGAGUCCUUCGACCCUUGCAUCCAAGCUCUAGUCGACGGCCCGGCUCACGAUCUCCAGGCGCUAUCCAUGAUGUCCGAGUCUCAAAUCGUUCGAUCUUACAAUCCAAACAGCCUGGGGAGUACCUGGGCAGCGUUGGGCGCACUCCUCCGGCAACGGGGCAAUCAAGAUGGCAACGGGCAGCGGGAAGAUGCUCGUUGUCUUACAAGCUGUUUUGUGCGCCUCGUGUUGAACUACGGCCAAGAGCUCGAUUCACCGAUCCUCGAAUUCCGCGACGAGAAAGCGUCAGCGAUGUACCAACUUGAGGCUGGCCCGAGGCGUACGAUACAGGCCAUCGACGAUGGCGGUGUGCGCCUGCUUCGAUCAAGUGAAGAUGCCGGGAUUGUGGCAUUACUGGAAGUGAAGCGGUAUCUUCAAGUAUUCGAAGAAGGAAAACCUCCAAUAAUUUCGGACGGGCUGUUAGCUCAGAUGGCCGGACAAGCAUUGCUAGUGCUCCUCGAUAAAACGAAGAAUAACCUCUCUCGUACUAGCGUUAUAACAAUCCACGCCACGAGGCACUACGUGAGAUUCUUCUCCUUCGCACCCUCGGCUCCAGGGUACACAGCGGACAUCGUGGCUCUCUCUCCGAACGACAACGGCUCAGACUUGUUCUUCUUGGUGAACUCGACCGACUGGUUCGACAUCACCACUAAGGGAGGUAGAGAGAUGAUUGUGCGUCACAUUCUUGCCUUGAUUCAGUGGGCACAUGGGGAGGUCGAGAAUGGAUCAAAAAAGGAGUAAGGGAUAUGAAGCAAACAACUAGGCGAGUCCUGGAUACAGGAAAGGCUCUUCUUUUGUAACUACCUAGCCAUCUCCAAUAUCAC